CACGCACAUAUUCCCUCACACAAACGUCCUCACACACGGAGUCGCUGCGUGUUGGAGCGAACGUCUACUCUCUCCGCUGUUCCCCGGUUACCGAAAAAAAGCGGCUGUUUGAUUUCGCAGUCUGCAGCGAGCCACGUCGUGACAGAGUUUGGACACGGGGAAGGAGGAGGAGGAGAGAAAGGGGGGAUUAAAAGAGUUUUGAUGUUAAGGAGAGUAUUGCUGUUUGAAAAGGCUUGGAUUCAUUGUUUGAAGUGCACUUAAGCUACCAACCCAUCAUGCAGUGAACAAGUCCAUCAGUCGACACCUGUCUUCCAGUCACAGCUCCUCUGUAGUGGUGUCCUCCUGUCAGAAACACACUCUUCUUCUGACACAUGGCUGACAGCGGGAGGCGGAAGGGGCGAGAAAGAGUCCGGGAGUGACACACAAGCAGAAGAGGCAGUCGGCCAUCUGUGGUCAGUCCCCCACUAUUCUGCAGCUGUGCUGGAGUGAGCAACCCUUCUUGGCUCCAUCGGGACUCUGGCAUCGGGACUCUGGCAUCGGGACUCCGAUAGAGGGGGUUCUUCCUGCAGAAAGGGAUGAGCCUCUUCUGGGGCAAUGUUAAGACCUCGCUGGCCGUGGAUUAGGCCCCCAGGGCUGCUGCUUUGGAAGGAUGGGUGACACCCCAGCUGGAUAUCUGCUGUUGCCAAGCUCCAUGGUUGUUAUUAGCGGCUAAUGAACUGCUGCUAGAGAGGAAAGGCAGAGGGAUCCUGUGGAGAGAGGAGGAACCUUACAUCUGUUAUUCAGAAGCCUGCAGAUCUCGAAAAGGAAUUAUUUUCUGUUUCCACACGAGAAGGGAACCCUUUAAAUUUUGAAUUCUGAGGAGUUUUUUUUUUCACAUCCAAGAUAAUUUUUUUGCUUUCUUUUGUUUCAGUUGGAUUUUUUUUCUCACCUUUCUAUGCCCUAAAGGAAAUUUCUCACCAUGGCAGCAGCCUAUCGUGUAGUUGUGAGCAGUGUGAGCUGCUACAACAGUGUGGUAGUUGACCGGCGCACUCACUCGCAUGCAGUCCACUACUGCUCGGGGCCAUGCGGGGCCCUGUCCCAGGGAAUAGACUGCACCGUUGCACACCGAGGCACCUGCUCUGAGCUGCUUGUUGCUCCUGAAACUCCAUAUCCUGAUCCAACCAGUUUGCAAAUACACUCUCACAACAUUCUCGCUCAGCAUAGUAAGAUUACUAUGGAUGCAAGUUAUAAUGGUCUUGAGAGGGCAGGCAGUAGCGGCAAUUUAUCUCUCGGGGAGGACAGCCCAACGUGGCGUGGUAAAAAGACUACUUGUAGUGGCAACUCCACUGGGAACUUGAGCUCCUCUACUAGUUUGAAGGACAUCACAGAGGAGGCUAUCAACCUUGCCAGUGGCAAACUCAAAGAGUUUUCCUUUGACAAGCUUCGCCUCUCCUCUUCAAGCCAUGUCACCUUACGGAAAGGUAGAAAGGUCCGUCCUGACUCGUUCAGCCGUCGUUCCACAGACUUAGAGAUCAUCUAUGGGCAUUUCAGCUCAAAUGGAAUGACGAAUGGCAUGACGAAUGGCAUGACAUCUUCGAAUGACGAGAACCUGCCGCCGUUUGUACCAGGGAAGGCGGCUGUUCUGGAGGAGACAAAGCUUAAAAGCAGCACAAGCACUUUGUCAGCUAUCACCAAAAUGGGAGGCGGGUCAACAGGGAGCAUAUCGAGCAUUGGUUCUUUGGAUCAAAGCUUGAACACUGUGGCCUCUCUAUACCGCAACGCCCUUGGAGAGGAGAAUCUGUUCGCCCGUUUGUUGGAGAAGACGCGAGGGGAGGCAGGCACCGGGGGAGCAGGCGGGGAGGACAUUCGAGCCUGCCUUGACAUCCUCCUGAAAUGUUCUGAAGACCUAAAGAAAUGCACCGAUAUCAUAAAGCAAUGCAUCAAACGCAAAGCAGGUGGAGGGUCGGAGGACGGAGGAGACAGUCCAGACAGUGUCUAUCGGGCGGUGAUGACCCGACUCAGCACCUAUUUGAAAAGACUACCUCUGGAGCUGGAGGGGAUCGGAAGUUUAGGUAGCGGUGGACAGGGAGGUCAGAGCCCACCUGGAAGUGGUGGUCUCAGUGGGCACAGUGAUCUGGCUGAGCUGGUCAAUACCCUUCACUCCAUCCAGCAAGGACCGUACUCCCCAAUGUUUGGCAAUGAGCAACCUCCUCGCUACGAGGAUGUGGUGCAGUCCCCUCCAAGUACAAAGACUGUUUCUCAUUCUGCCUCUUUUACUCCCUCCUCUAUGUCCUCUUCAUCAUCUUUGCUAUCAGACUCCAUCCAAACCAAACCAAUCCAAAGCUCCCCGUCCAGAGCGAGUCCACUCACCAACGGACUACAACAUUCACAUUCGAUCACACAACAUACACUCUCUCCUCCAUCCAUUACAUGCACGCCAUCCAAUAUCUCUCCAACACAUAGUCCAUCACCUCUUCGAACCUCUCCAACUCCGCCAUACUCGCAGACUCCUUCGCCAUCCCCGAUGGAGGCUCUUUACAUAGAGGAGGAGGAAGCAGACAUAGACAAGUCAACAGAAUACACUCUCACCAGAGGGGUGAACACAAAUGGGACAACUCUGAGCCUGUCCCAUCCACAAACACUCCAAAACACAUUAAAUACUUUGCCUACAAGCACUGGCUACAGCUCAGCUUGGUCAUCCUCACCAUCACUGACAAUCUCGGCACCCAAAACUGUUUCCCACAAGAAUGAAGACAUCGACAAGUUGCUGAUGGACUUGGAGAAUCUGUCACAGAGUAUGAGCCACCCCAGAAAGUCUGAGCCUCCACUUCCGGCUAAAACCAGAAAGAGAGACAGCGGCCAGGGAAUUACUCUAGGUGAAGCUCUCUCUCAUAAUAAAAUGCCCCAGUUCCAAGCUCACAAGCCGGAAAGUAACCUAACGAUGAAUGGCCCUAGCUCCAGAACCCCUCAGAUUCCUGCCCAGGGACAGAACAAUGAAGCUGGCGUGGGUGAGGAGGAAGAUGGUGCCCUGCUUAUGAGGAUCCUGGAGAGUAUUGAGAGUUUUGCCCAGGAGCUGGUGGAUUCUGGGGCGGGGAGCACAGGGAGUGCUGAGAGGAACAGUGGCAAGGAGCGUGAUAUGAUGAGGCUCCUGCAGGAUACACUGGCUACAACUGGGAGGGCUGACACCCCUUCAGAGAGCACAAUCCCAGCAGCUGCUCCAUCUAUGCACACAGUUGCAGCUCCAGCUAUCCCACCAAAGCAGUCUCAGACCAAUGCAGCUGCACCUGCUUCUACACAUGCACCUGCAACUUCAGAGGAUUUGCGUAAUACCACAAUUACUUUGGAUGUUGCACCUAAAUCUCUGCCUACACCCAAACCUGAGCCUGCAGCUGAGGCUGCAGACAGACUUACAGAGGCCUCUUCAGGUGGCCUUGAUCCCAAAUUCUCAGCUGCACCUGCAAGCUUGCAUCCAUCCACACAUUCUACUGAACCUGCACCUGUGGCUGCACCUGAAGCUCCAAUCCCUGUUGCCAGCUUAGUUGUGGUAGGCACAAGAGACACUGCCAUUGCUGUGGAGGAUCCAGGUGCUGGGAGAGACAUUGGUUCCACACUCCUCAUCCAGCAGUCUCCAGAGGUGAUCAGGGUUCAGUCCAAACCAGAGAAGAAACCCGGCACGCCUCCGCCCGCCCCUGCUCUGCCCACAGCCACACCUGCACCCCCUGUCCCACGUUCACCCAGCCCUCCGCCAGCUCCGGUAAUAGUCACCCCUCCUCCUCCUCCUCCGGCCAUCAACAUUCCCAGGUUCUACUACCCCCGUGGGCUCCCUUCCAUGGGCCCAGGCGCCAACCACGACGCUGCCAUCGCUGCCAUUGAGACCGCAUUCACUGAAUUCGAGGAGGAGAAGGCGGACAUUUAUGAGAUGGGGAAGAUCGCAAAGGCAUGUGGGUGUCCUCUUUACUGGAAAGCUCCAAUGUUCUACUCAGCAGGUGGUGAGAGGACGGGCUUCGUCUCUGUUCACUCCUUCAUCGCUACCUGGAGGAAGUUGUUACACAGCUGUCAUGAUGAUGCAUCAAGGUUUAUCUACCUGUUAGCCAAACCCAGUUGUAACUACUUGGAGCAGGAAGACUUUAUUCCUCUACUGCAGGACAUAGUGGAUACUCACCCUGGGCUCACCUUUCUGAAGGAUGCACCUGAGUUUCAUUCCCGCUACAUAACAACGGUAAUCCAGAGGAUAUUCUACAUCGUGAACCGUUCGUGGACGGGUCGUAUCACCAUGACGGAGCUGCGCAGGAGCAAUUUCUUACAGACUCUGGCUCUGCUGGAGGAGGAGGACGACAUCAACCAGAUCACUGACUACUUCUCCUACGAACACUUCUACGUCAUCUACUGCAAGUUCUGGGAGCUGGACACCGACCACGACCUGUACAUUGACCCGAAAGACUUAGGGAGAUAUAAUGAUCAUGUGUCCUCUAACAGAAUCAUCGAGAGACUGUUUUCGGGGGCCGUGACUCGGGGUAACGCGGUGCAGAGAGAAGGUAGGAUGAGCUACGCCGAGUUCGUCUGGUUCCUGAUUUCAGAAGAAGACAAGAAAAACCCCACCAGUAUAGAGUACUGGUUCCGCUGCAUGGAUACAGACGGUGAUGGGGUUCUGUCCAUGUUUGAGCUGGAGUAUUUCUAUGAGGAACAGUGUGAGAGGAUGGAGAGGAUGGGCAUUGAGCCUCUGCCCUUUCAGGAUCUGCUGUGCCAGAUGCUGGAUUUGGUCAAACCUGAGAGCCAAGGUAAGAUAACCCUUGGUGAUUUGAAGCGCUGCAGGAUGGCUCACAUCUUCUUUGAUACUUUCUUCAACCUGGAGAAAUACCUGGACCAUGAACAGAGAGAUCCAUUUGCAGUGCAAAAGGAUAUUGACAGUGAAGGUCCAGAGCCAUCUGACUGGGAUAAAUACGCUGCAGAGGAGUAUGAGAUACUAGUGGCAGAGGAGACAGCUAAUGAACAGCUCCAUGAGGGGUCAUUUGAUGAUGACUAUGAAUCCGAGGAGCUUCCAGUCCCCGGAGAGAUCGGGAAUAAAAUGGACAAACUGGUUAUAUCAGAUCUGACUGCAUGAAACUCCUGAGCCUUUUUAAUCUGAGGAACAGACGCGAUUAAAUCAGACGGUCCAUAUGGACAGAUGCAUCAGCAAAUCCAUGGAUGUAAAAAACACUUCUGCAUCUUUUUCUGUAAGAUGCCUCAGCAAAAAGGACUGAACUUUUUUUGUGUGUUUGUGACCGUAAACGCGGAAGUGUUCAGGGUCUGGUGUAAUAAUGCAUCUGUGUUCAAACAGAAAAUCACUGCCUCCAGCUCACGAAGCCAAUCACAGGGAGAGCAGUGGGACAUGACGUUUAUAAAAUAUAAAAGUUUAGCUGUUUAUAAUUUUAUUUUAAUUGUAAAAAAAAUCUUUACUGACAAUCCUGCCAAAAGACAAUCACUUUUGUUUUCACUGUGCUGCAGAUAAACUCAGUCCUAGGUAGUUAUUAAGUUAUAGAGCUAUUAGAAUAACUUUAAAUAACUACAUGAAUUAUAAAAAGCUAUAUAAUAACUAUAUAAACUUACUGACCACUUCAUUAGGUAUAGCUGUUCAACUGCUUAUUAACACAGAUAUCUAAUCAGCCAAUCAGAUGGGAGCAAUCAAUGUAGGAUGUCCUCUGUUUUCAAAUUUCAGUGAGCCCAUGUUGAAUAGUCGUACCUAAUAAAGUGGCUAUAGUGAUGGUGUCAUAAAUUAAAAUGCAUAAAGAGCAGAAGCUUGUCACAUAUGUAACAGACACACACUGCCAUCAUAAAGCGGCUGCCUGUGCAGCUCCUCACUGUGUUCCUUGGAAAGGAAGUAAUGAAACCUCCGGUUCCUUCAGGGAGGAAUCAUGUAACAGUUUCUGGUGACUGUAAGAGCUCCUCCCUGUGGCCAGUGUUUGCUACUGCACGUUGCAGUGCUGCAGGCCAACCUUUUCUAGAAGGAGUUGACUUCACAGACAGAGCUGCUCUAUUAUUAGUGCUGCAUUAUAGAGUCCAUUUUAAACCAUUUAAACGUCUUUGGUUACAUGACGGUUAAAGUCAGACAUAUCAAACUCUCUGGUAGAGUUGGCCACAAUUCCACCUGCACCAUUUGUAUCAACGCAAUAGAAAAGAAGAAGUGUGUGUAAUGCAGCCAUCCAACCACAUCCUUGUGCAUAUUUUCCUCCUUGUCAUGCAGUAUGUGCUUAGUACCUGCUUCUUAUUUUUAUCUGUUUUAUGCCAAAGAAUGUUAUUUUAAUGCAUUUAUGUCAUUUGCUGUUUAUUUAUGAAAUGUUUUAAAGCUGAUUUUUCCCUUUAAUGCUGAAGGCACCACUAAGAAUGCGUCUUAAUGGAGUCAGUUCACCCAAAUUUUUAAAGCUUUGGCUCUCAACUGGUGAGUCAGGACCCUAAAGCCAUUUUCUGAGGGUCGCUGAUAUGUGCCUAGAAAAACAUGUGCAGCAACAAGUCUAUGCUGUGCUUUUAUUUUGAAGGACAAUUGCUUUGUUCAGUUACACAUUUUUGCUCAAUCUCAAGUCCAAAGUGCUCCAUUUGUCAUUAAAAGCAUUUGGUUAUGAUUGGACAUUUUCAGGAAUUUGGGUCGCAAUUUGUUUCUUAAGAAGUGGUGGUGGGUCCUGAUGCUAUACCAGUUGAGAAUCAGUGUUUUAAAGCAUUUAGCCUCAAACUUCUACUGCAAAUUUUAAGGCCUCAAACUCCAACCUUACAACCCAUUGUCACUGAAGGAAUUCAUCGUAAUUAAUUUUUUUUGUUUUUUGAAAUCUGGAUACUUUAAAA